GUUUUUUCUACAACAACAAUUCAUCCACCUCGGUAGCGUGCUAGCCAACAUAAAACCACAACAUUGAAGCUCUUUAGGCCAUUUUUGUUUAUAUUAACCUCAGUGUUUUAAACACACUGUCUGCGUAUUUACUAGUUACUCUAUUUAAUGUGCUAUUUAUGUUAUUAGCUAAGUAACACUCGGCUAAUGCUAACUAGUUUACUUGCUAACAUCCUCGACCAUGAGCUCCCGCUACUUCCCCUGUGCUAAAGAAGAGGUCUGCUGGACGGAGAAAGAAGUUCUUGUGAAAGAGGAGAAGGAAGAGGAGGCUGUCACAGUUAAAAAAGAGGUAGAGGGUGAGGCUGUUACAGUGAAAGAAGAGAAAGACGUGAAAGAGGAAGAAUUUAUAGUGAAAGAAGGGGAUGAAUCUUUAAGAGUGAAAGAGGAGGAUGCAGUUUUUGGAAUGAAGGAGGAGGGGGAGAUUACCGUCCCAUUGGAGGAGACUGGAGAUCUGAUUAACACCAGAGAAAGACCAGACUCCGAGGAACCAGAGACGUCCAAACCAGCAAGACGACACCACUGCUCCCACUGUGGAAUGAUUUUUAACCAGUUAAGGUGUCUGAAACGACAUGAGAGAAUACACACAGGGGAGAAGCCUUUCCAAUGCUUCCAGUGUGGAAAGUGUUUUUCCUUGUUAGCGAGCAUGAAAAGACAUGAGAGGAUACACACAGGGGAAAAGCCUCAUCACUGCUCCCAGUGUGGAAAGAGUUUUUUCUCAUCAGGGUGCCUGAAAAGACAUGGCAUGACACACACAGGAGAAAAACCUCAUCACUGCUCCCAGUGUGGAAAGAGUUUUAACCGGAAAGAAUACCUGAAAGAACACGAGAGAAUACACACCGGGGAGAAGCGAGAUAAACCUUUCCAAUGCUCUAAGUGUGGAAAUAAUUUUUCGUUGUUAGCGAGCCUGAAAAUACAUGAUAGAAUACACACAGGGGAAAAGCCACAUCACUGCUCCCAGUGUGGAAAGAGUUUUAAGUUGAAAGGACAACUGAAACAGCAUGAGAUAAUACACACAGGGGAGAAGCCUUACCACUGCUCCCAAUGUGAAAAGAGUUUUGCGUGGUUGGGUCACAUGAGAAGACAUAAGAGAAUACACACAGGAGAUAAGGAUGUAGGCUGCUCAGCAGAUGGCGACUGUCUGCGUAUUUGCUCCAUAUCAUUUACGUUUUUAGCUAUCUGGCUAAGUAACACUCGGCUAAUGCUAACUAGCUUGAUAUCAUCCUCGACCAUGAGCUCACGCUACUUCCCCCGUGCUAAAGAAGAGGUCUGUUGGACAGAGAAAGAAGUUUUUGUGAAAGAGGAGGAGGAAGAGGAGGCUGUCACAGUUAAAAAAGAAGUCGAGGGUGAGGCUGUUACAGUGAACGAAGAAGCUUUAAGAGUGAAAGAGGAGGAUGCCGUUUUUGGAAUGAAGGAGGAGGGGGAGAUUACGGUCACGUUGGAGGAGAAAGGAGAUCUGAUUAACACCAGAGAAAGACCAGACUCAGAGGAACCAGAGACGUCCAAACCAGCAAGACGACACAACUGCUCCCACUGUGGAAAGGGUUUUAAACAGUUAGGGGACCUGAAACGCCAUGAGAGAAUACACACAGGAGAGAAGCCUUUCGAAUGCUCCCUGUGUGGAAAGAGUUUUUCCUUGUUAGCGAGCCUGAAAAGGCAUGAGAGGACACACGCAAGAGAUACUCCUCAUCACUGCUCUCAGUGUGGAAAGAUAUUUAUUCAGUUAGGGAACCUAAAAAUACAUGAGAGAAUACACACAGGAGAGAAGCCUCAUCACUGCUCCCAGUGUGGAAAGAGUUUUAACCGGAAAGAAUACCUGAAAGAGCAUGAGAGAAUACACACAGGAGAGAAGCGAGAUAAACCUUUCCAAUGCUCCCAGUGUGGAAAGAGUUUUUCCUUGUUAGCGAGCCUGAAAAUACAUGAGAGGACACACACAGGAGAUAAGCCUCAUCACUGCUCCCAGUGUGGAAAGAGUUUUAACCUGAAAGGACAACUGAAACAGCAUGAGAGAAUACACACAGGGGAGAAGCCCUACCACUGCUCCCAAUGUGAAAAGAGUUUUGCUUGGUUAGGGGACCUGAGAAGACAUGAGAGGACGCACACAGGAGAGAAGCCUCAUCACUGCUCCCAGUGUGGAAAGCGUUUUAACCAGUUAGGUCACAUGAGAAGACAUGAGAGAAUACACACAGGAGAUAAGGAUGUAGGCUGCUGAACAGUAGGACAUAGGACAUAUGUAGGCUGCUGAACAGUAAAGGGUGGCUACUUUGAAGAAUCUGAAAUAUAAAAUAUAUUUUGAUGUGUUUUACACUUUUUGGUUACUACAUGAUUCCGUAUGUGUUAUUUCAUAGUUUUGAUGUCUUCACUAUUAUUCUACAAUGUAGAAAAUAGUAAAAAAUAAAUAAAACCCUUUGAAUGAGUAGGCGUGUCCAAACUUUUGACUGGUAUUGUACAUCUACAUGAUGCAUUGUUACACCAUGUCGGAGCAGUAUAGACCCAGCUGCAUAUUGUGAUAUGUUUGUUAACUUCGUUUUAAAUACUCACUCAUUACAAAUCUGUUCUGAUCAACAAGUCUUGUUAGACUUCAAUGCUGCUUUUGACAUUAUCGAUCAUAGUCUGCUGCUGGAAAAAUGUA